UGAUGUUUUAAUUCUUGACAUGCUCUUCUCAGCAUGUUAUGCUAUUCAUUCUGGAGCUUAUGUUUGCAAAUUUUGUUGAAAAUUCAGUGAUGUCUUUGAAAUGAAAAAGUCCUCUGUGACAUAGUAUGAAUGUUUGUGUUGUGCAAAUUUGUGGCUUUGUUUUUUUUAAAUUUGUGUAGAAAGUUAAAUUUUUAUUAUUCAGAUUUUAAGUUUAUCUAAUCUAAUUGUGCCCAUUGGUUGUAUAAAUACGGACCAAUUUGGGAGAAUGAAAGUUGGCAAAUAUAUAUGGGUAUAUAUUUGACUCUGGAUUAUCCUUUACUCAAAGUUGUAAAUAAGAGGCUCACAUCAUCAGUAUCAUAAGUUUUAUGUUGCCAGUUCUUUAAAUGUGGAUAAUGAUCAGCAUUAUAUCUAUGAAUUUUUAUUACAGAAAGAGAAAAAUUCAGCCUCCAAACCUCUUCUUAGAGACUAAAUUAACUAUAUAUGGAAACUUUUAAAAACUAGAAAAUGACUGAUUAUUUUUAAUAGAGUUUAAUCAACUUAAUUAUUUUUCCCAGCUUGAAGCACUUAUUUCCCAAAUGUGAAUAAAGGGGAAAAGAUCAACAAUUUGGCCCUUUUUUUGUUGAGGCCGUUUUUAGUUUUUUGCCCCCAUUCCUCAAUCUUGUAUAGAAUGAAUUACGGGUAUCCUUAUAAUUCCUGUAACCCCUUUUUGAAGUCACAGAUACCUUUGAUAAUCUGAUGAAAGUGAUUAAUAACCCUUUCCCCAGAAAAAAAAAUAAGAUGCACAUACACAGGUAAUUUUGCUUGUAACCUCAGGGGCAUCACAUCUUCUAAACCAAGGAUCUCUGCCCUAAGUAAAUUCUAUAGGAAAAAAAAAAAACAAACUUGACAAUUGAUAAAAUUAGGAAGUAUUGGUUUAAACCAUUGGAAUUAUUGUUAGACGGUGGCCCCUACUAGCAAAAUGUGACAUUGCAACCAGCUUUGUUAGACAUUAAAACAUCCAGUUGAAAGAAAAAAGAAGCAAAGUUCUAAGAGCUAUUUAUAAGGAGUCAGGGCAUAACUAGACAUGGGAGCCAAUCCUGGUUCAAGACAGGGGUAAGGGUGCCUGACAACUUCUAGCAGGGUAGAGUUUAAUAAACUACAAUGCUCAGGAUGCCAAGGGGUUAGCCAUUAUCUUAACCCCUUUCUCACCAAAAGAUUUUAGUUUUGUCUAUUGGAAAACAAGAUUUCACUAGGAAAAAGAAUGAUUUGCCUUAUAACUUUGCUGGAACACAUCAGUUCGGUAACAUAUGGGACACCAGUAUUUUGGAAAGGUGCAUAAAACCAAAGUAAAUUAUUCUCUGUCUAGAAUAUUAUUUACUAGUAACAUUUGUUUGGAUGUAUUAGCUUUGACAAUUUUUACCAGUAAAUAUUCGUUUUAUUUAAAACUGGGAAUCCAGUUUAUAAAUAGUAUAAUUUCUAUAUCUGUUCUUUUUCCCAUGUAAAAAAUAGUUUAAAAAUGUAUGCAUACUUUUUACUUUUCUCUCUUAAUGCCAUGGAUGGGGGUGGGUCUUGUGGGGGGGAGAUUUUUAAGUCAAUAGCUGACAAAAUGUCUUCUCCAAAUUGAAACCAAGAAGCAGCACUUUAAGUCUAACUUGACACCGUUUUAGUGCAUGUCUUAGUUUUAAUAAUGAUUUUUGGUGCAUGCCUUUGGGCUUAUUCAAAAGUGUACAAAUAGGAAAGUAUAUUUCCUUUCUUAGAAAGGAGAUGUUUUUCUACUUUGCAACAUGUGAUUACAAAAUCUUCCUCUGUGGGAAGAUUAACCAUGUAUUGAACUACUGAAAAGUAUAUAUUUUUAGAUAUACAGAAAGAAUCUACAUGGAGCAGCAUUUAGACCUAUAUAGAGUCAGAGCAUUCUGUAUAGGACCAAAAAGGAAAUAACACUAAACACUUAAACAGACUUUGUUGGGUAGAAAUACCUUUAGAUUUUGCAAUGACUUCCAAAAAGAAAAUGCCACAGAAGUUUACUGGAAACUUUUGUUGUUUGAAUUUUCUCUGUCAGUGUAUUUAGCCCAAAUACAGAGUUUUGGGUUAACACAUAGGAAGAAUUUAAAAAACAAAAAAACAAACAAAAAAACAUUAAAUAGAUCCGUCUGGUUUGCCAGUACAGCUUGACUGAAAUAAUCACUUGCAAAAUGAAAAACUGUCCAACUCCUCUAAGGUUUAGACAAAAUAACCUUGGCUAUUGUGGGUAGAUAGACUCCCACUUUGAUUCUUGACCUGACAGUGAAGAUUCAUGCUUGACAUGAUUUCAAACCUGACAGUGUCUGUUUAAGGAGCUAUGGUACAGUUUGCUAAUUCAAUCCCAGAUACCUGUUGAUUACCUGUGAGAUCUAGAGUCCAAAGUAGCCAGCAGCCGUAUCCCUGAGUGUUCUGUGCCCAUCAGAUCUCUUAAGUAAGCAAGAUUGGGACAGGUCACAGCUCAGAUGAGUGACCUCAGGUGCUGUGAACAGCCCCAGAUUCAAGAAUUAUGUCUGCUUUCUUGGGAUUCAUCACUGAACUAAUGUCCCACAUGGUAUUACUUGCUGUAGAUGCUCUCUCAGAGGAGGCCCAGAGGAUACAUCCUAAUUGCUUGUGGUAUUCAGAGAGGGGGUGCUAACUCUGAUGCCCAGGCCAGAUUCCAGUUUAGGGAUGUGGGUCUUCUUUCCAUUCUAACUGGAAAUGUGCAUCACUUCCCAUUUUCCUUGUUAAUCUCAGUGCGAAUUGCACUACUCUGUUUCUUUGCCCAGGUCCCAAAUCUCUUAUGAUGCUGGUGUGUAUUAUUACAUGGGUCAAAUUCAUGCCUUACCUAAUGCACAAGAGUUGAGGAGUGAGAAGCUUGGUAUAAAACUGCUCUGGAGUAGGAGGGUAAACUCUUGUGAUGAUAUGGGGUGAUAUUGACUCUCUUUAAGCAUAAUUUGGGGAAUGUGCACUGGCCGGAGGCUUCCAGCCAUGAGGUGUGAGCUGAAAUAUUCCCUCUUUUCUUAUAGCAUGUUGAGAAAAUCUGUUGGGUUUUCAGCAGUCAGGGAAGGCCGGAGUUCUGCCGCUUUAAUCUGGGUAACUGAGGCUGGUUUGAGCAAGACUUUGGUUAAUUAACUGGGUUCUCAGAUGCCACAGACUCCGUGAAAAGUCACCAUUAUUUUCAAUGGUUGUGAUAGAAUUUCCCCCAGUAUCCAUUAUUUUAAAAUUAUAUUACAGAGUUGUUUUAUUUGAGCAUUUUGUGUGUACACAAUCCCAAACUGGAAGAAAUUUUUAAAAAAAAAAAAAAGGAAUCCUGCUGUGAAAGGUAUAUAUUACUCUAGAUUUUUCUUACUGUAAAUAUUGUAAGAUUGUAAUACUGUCGAUAUUUUAUUAACCAACAAAUGUUAAUCUCUGUGAAUUCAGACUUAUUUUAAAUGUGCUUCUUAUUUACUGUGUGUGGUCCCUGUUGCUGACAGUAUUAAGUUAUAUUCUGAUGUAAGAUUAACUUUAUUAAAGAAUGUAAACAUUAAUGUUUCCUUAUGGGAAAACAAAUAAAGUAUAAAGAAGACAAUUCUUUUAAUUAAAAUAUACUGUGUAUUUACACUUGCUAGACCCAGCACCACUUAAAAUUUAGUACACUAUUCAGAAUUUUAGUUAACACAGCUGACAUGGUUGUGCUCUGUUUAACAGUCUAAAAGUAGGUAUUGUUGGAAUACAAGCAGUUUGUAUUUGUCUGCUGUGAAUCAUAAUCUUGAAAUUUCUAAUCAAGUUUGUAAAAUUUUUAUAGUAAAACAUUUUAAAUGACAAUUUAAAAAUUUAUCUUCUCUAAAGAAUGGUCAAAACAAUAUCAUUUCAGAAAUAGAAUUGUUCUUUGCUAUCUUUCCAAAAUAACUUUGGUUAAAUGGACCAGAUGUAUAUUAGCUAAAAUGUAGGACAAAGUUGUGAUAUUCUUUGAGUUUACAAGUUAAUCCUUAUUGGAAAUGUGCCAAUUAUAUAGUAGAAUAUCAUUAAUUUGCACUGUUUGGGGACCCCAUUAAGAAUGUUGAAUUUUGCCAACUAAGAAGUAAGCAAAUGCAAUUUAAAAAGUAAAUUUGAGCAUUCUGUAUUAAAUAUGUGCAGUUAUUAUCACAUGAAGAAGCGCAGUGUGUCGGGCUGUAAUAUAACCAUACUUGCUGUCAUGUUCUCCCAUCUCAGUGCUGGGAAUUCACCAUGUGGAAACCAAGCAAAUGUGUUGUGCAUCAGCCGGCUUGAGUUUGUUCAAUAUCAAAGCUGAAACUAGCGAGGUCUGCUGUACUGCUUAUUGAAGUAUUGUGAUUCUUUUAGGCAUUGAUUCUUAUAAAAUAUAUACUGUAACAGUAUACUUUGUACAGAUUUAAAUUUUAUUUGAAAAAUGAAAUAAAGUAGGCAAAAAAUAAAGAUGUUUAUUUUUCAUGUGACUAUAUAAA